CCGGCCGCCCGGCUUUGUGCCGCACCCGCGGGGACCCCCGCCCCGCCCCUGUCCGCCGGCCGCAUGGAGCGUCCCGCAGGCCGCUGAUGUCGCCCGGACCGCAGUGUCCCCGACCGACCGAGCUCUGAUGGUACGCAGCGAUAGACCGGCCCUCCUGUGACUCAGGGACACCCGCUCUCCUGGGACCAUGUCGGCUAUACAGGCCGUCUGGCCAACUGGCACCGAGUGCAUUGCCAAGUACAGUUUCCACGGCACCGCGGAGCAGGACUUGCCAUUCUGCAAAGGAGACGUGCUCACAAUUGUGGCUGUCACCAAGGACCCCAACUGGUACAAAGCCAAGAACAAGGUGGGCCGGGAGGGCAUCAUCCCUGCCAACUAUGUCCAGAAGCGCGAGGGCGUGAAGGCAGGCACCAAGCUCAGCCUCAUGCCCUGGUUCCAUGGCAAGAUCACGCGGGAGCAGGCCGAGCGGCUCCUUUACCCACCGGAGACCGGCCUGUUCCUGGUGCGGGAGAGCACCAACUACCCGGGAGACUACACGCUGUGCGUGAGCUGCGAGGGCAAGGUGGAGCACUACCGCAUCAUGUACCACUCCAGCAAGCUCAGCAUCGAUGAGGAGGUGUACUUCGAGAAUCUCAUGCAGCUUGUGGAGCACUACACUAAGGACGCCGAUGGACUCUGCACACGCCUCAUCAAACCAAAGGUCAUGGAAGGCACAGUGGCUGCCCAGGACGAGUUCUACCGCAGCGGCUGGGCGCUGAACAUGAAGGAGCUGAAACUGCUGCAGACCAUAGGGAAGGGGGAGUUCGGAGACGUGAUGCUGGGUGACUACCGAGGCAACAAGGUUGCGGUCAAGUGCAUUAAAAAUGACGCCACAGCCCAGGCCUUCCUGGCCGAAGCCUCGGUCAUGACGCAACUCCGGCAUAACAACCUGGUCCAGCUGCUGGGUGUGAUCCUGGAGGAGAAGAGCGGCCUGUACAUCGUUACCGAGUACAUGGCCAAGGGGAGCCUGGUGGACUACCUACGCUCCCGGGGCCGGUCGGUGCUGGGCGGAGACUGUCUCCUCAAAUUUUCGCUAGACGUGUGUGAGGCCAUGGAGUACCUCGAGGGUAAUAACUUCGUGCACCGUGACCUGGCCGCCCGCAACGUGCUGGUGUCUGAGGACAACAUGGCCAAGGUCAGCGACUUUGGCCUCACCAAGGAGGCCUCCAGCACCCAGGACACGGGCAAGCUGCCUGUCAAGUGGACAGCACCAGAAGCCCUGCGGGAAAAGAAGUUCUCCACCAAGUCCGACGUGUGGAGCUUCGGAAUCCUCCUAUGGGAGAUCUACUCCUUCGGGCGAGUGCCUUACCCAAGAAUUCCCCUGAAGGACGUAGUCCCUCGGGUGGAAAAGGGCUACAAGAUGGACGCCCCCGACGGCUGCCCGCCUGUCGUCUACGAUGUCAUGAAGAACUGCUGGCGCCUGGACGCGGCCACACGGCCUUCCUUCCUGCAGCUGCGGGAACAGCUGGAACACAUCAAGAGCCACGAGCUGCACCUGUGACCUUCGCCCUGUGGGGACUGAGCCUGGACCAUCCUGGCCAGGGCCGCUCCUGAACUGAGCCCAGCAGGCAGGUGGGCACAGCCCCUGCCCUGCCCCAGCGCCGCCGGCCCUGCUCUAGGGCCUGCCACCUGCCUGGCAGGCCGAGGAAGAAGAGGAGGAGAAGGAGGCUGCCAGGGGCUGCCCUUCCCGGCCUCGCCACACUCGCCGCCUUUAGAGUUUUAUUUCCUUUUUUUUCUGAGAUUUUUUUUUCUUUCUGUGUGUUUAUUUUUUAUGAUUUUUCAAGAUAAGGACAAAGAAAAUACCCAGUCAAGUGGGCAUUUUACAAGAAGUACGAAUCUUAUUUUUCCCCGACCUGCCUGUGCGGGUUGGGGGUGAGGGUGGGAGGGGUCACUGCGGGGACUGGGACCCAACGCCCGCGGAGAGACCCACGGCCCCCACCCUCGUUGUCCCGUGUCCCAUGUCGUCUCCUGGUCGCCCGUGUCUGCGCUUGACCAUUGUCGCACUGUUGCAUGCGCCCGCGGCAGCGUUUAUCCAGGGCUUGGGGUCUACGCGCCGCCGCCGCCACCACCACCGCCACCACUGUCACCACGUUGUGAGCCGGAAGCGUAAUAAACCCCUCCAUGCGGACACUG